AGAAGGAAACAACGUUCAACGCACUUGGUCUCGCGCUAGACUUUUUCAGAGGCACGUUCUGAUGACCGAGCUUUCGCGUUGCGCCUUCGAAAUCAGGACUUCGGUCGGGAGGUCCCCGGUGACGAUGGGGAAUGCGGAGUGGGCGCGAAUUGCUGGGUUCCUCGUCCUCUGCUUGGUCACCGGCGUAUCCGAGGUCGUCCACGGGUUUGCCGGAUUCGAUAUCACCACCGGGAGGCCAUCAUGGGAAGUGAGAACGAUUGAGGACAAGGAUGAGGUGAUCAUCGAGCAUGUCGAUGGGCAGCAGAGCAAAGCCCCUGUCGAUUGGCUUUUGGUGCUCGGCAUUAUUAUCGCUGUCCUUCUGCUGCUCAUGUUGUGCGUGUUGAUUACCCGACUGCCCCACUCCAAGCCCAAGUACACGCGGCUCCACCUUGUGGCCGGUGGAAAGAAUCCUGACCAGGCGUUCACGUACAUCGACGCUUCCAACGACAGACACGUCCACCUCCAGGACAGGCCUCGUUGGAGACACGAUUGGAUUCCCUCUCAAGACCAGCAACACAGUAAUGUCCCACGUUUUGCGACCAAAUUCGAGGCUAGGGGAAGUCCCAAGCAGAGAACAACCUCAAUCACUCUACGAGGCGAUGCUAGGAGGCCACAGACGACCAUUGAGCCCGAACCUCCGGCAGACCGAAGUCUUCCCUGCUACAACGGCGAAGGGCCCGUCGUCAACAAGACAUAUUCGCGAGAAACAGUGGACUCCCCUGUGGCUGACGAACCUCCUUACAAGCAGAUGAAGACGGUCGACGGUCAAGAUGGCUUUGAGGCUAACAGCACUUGCGUCACGUUGGCAUCUCGGGAGACGUUUGUCCGCGCCUGCAGCCCCGUCGGUGUAACUGUUUACAACCGUCACGUCGUAACCGAAGUGAGAUCGCCCGCUUCAUUGCCUCCCUUGGCUCUUUCCGGCAAAAAUUUCGACAUAGCGAGCCCAGACACAAAUUUAGCAAUACCCGAAGUGAAGAACAACGGGAAAGACUCAAGAGAUACCGAAUACGAAUCUCUCCGUCCACGUUCGACCCAGAGUAUCCCCUUGGCAAGUACUGAUACAACAAAGUUUGUUGUUUCGCCAGGUACAAGUACAGGACAUGAGUCAAUAUUACGCGGUCCGUCUACGCGACUUGAGAGCGGGCAUGCGACCAGGGAGCUUUCCUUGAGGGAAUUCCCUCCGACUAUGACUCCAUCUGAUGAAACCACCGGGAAGCCGCGGGUAAGGCGGAGGGCACUUGCGUUGGACGCUGAAAUAUCCCCAGGAGAGGAUGUUCGGCCAGCAGGAAAGCAGAGUAACGUUCCAACGUCGGAUCAUACAGAGUUAACGGAUCCAGGUCUGCACCCUGUUAGGAGAAAGAUAUCGGGCGCAGCAAUUCCAUCUGAAGAGGGUUACGUUCAUCAGGUGACCCUGGUGGAACCACUUUUCGUUUCUGAUCAGCGGACUGACAUAGGCCAAGCAGAAAUUCCUGAGAAGGAGGAACGGCCGACACCACUUCGCAGGACUUCAAUUGAACGCAGGGCGAGCAGCAGUGAACGUGCCAUGGAAAACGCAACUGGAGGAGGUUUAAAUUACAUUUUGUUUGAAGAGAGGCCUACCAUUGAGUAUUUCCCCUACGAGAGUAUAGAAUAUGCGCCUGUAAUGAGAACGACAACGAACGUUCGAAAUGCACAAGACGCGCUGGCGAGAGUAACAUCUGAAGUUCCUGCAGUGCAUACAAUUGAUGGCGAGGAAAAAGCAGAAAAUCAACAAGCUUAUCUCACACCUGAGCUCAAACGUUAUUCUGAUGCACCACCAGAAGAUGCACACGAUCUUACUGACACACAAUCACUGGACCAGUGCGCACGACUUCAUCCCGAUGCUCCUGUCACUGCACGACAUGGAACAUCCUUGCAGUCUCCCAUUAGGCACAUGUCACGGUCUGAAUUCUCUGAUACAGCAAUGCUUGAUUUAAGUCUUAUUCCACAUGAACAGGAAUCACUGCUACCGUCGCCGACACCAUCAGCAGACUUCGAACUGCGAAGAGCGGAUGACGAAUCUGUUAGCCUUUUGGAAGAGCUUCGCGAUGCUGAGCGGCAAAUGAUGCUGUCUGGAAAUGUUAUACCUCCUAUCGAUGACAAUGGCUUGAAGGUUAGGCAGGAUAUUGCAAAGAAAACUACUGGGAGGGUGGUUUCAAAAGAAGCUGUGACUGAGUGUUUCAACGAACUAAUACAUCAUAUGUAUGCGGUCGCAACACGGGAAGACGAAAUUCUGGAUAGAGCGAGCGAAAAUAUCACUCAACUGUCCGGAGCGUCGUCUCGUAACUUCACUGAUGUCGCCGAGGCGGAAAUUCCGAAUUCGGGAACGUUGUCUGGGUCUACAUCGCCGUCUUCCGGGUCGGAACGUAGAGGGCAGAAGAGACUUGUGAAGACAAAACCUGUUAAAAAAGCAACCACACAUAUAGUUUUCUCCUCGUCCGUUCCUUUCGAACAAGAAACCGCGGAUUCACAAGCGUUUGAGCCAUCUCCCGAAGUCCUUGAGGUGGUUGAUGACGACCUCACCGGUAUUCCAGACGAGGUACGAACGACGCUUUCUCCGAGGAGUCCGAACGUCGAGUACGCACUAGGUAGCGGGAUUGAUGACACAGUGCCCAGCAGUAGCGCGAAGAACCAGAACGCUGAAAGCAAGCUUGAAAAAUCAAACACAACGAGCCCUUGGCGCCGUAUCAGUUCCCCACAGUUCUUCAAUGAGAGGAGUUCUUCAUUACCAUCUGGUCUAUCUACGCCACGUUCACAGGGAAGAAAGGAAGAACAGACUAUGCUUAUAACUGCCCCAGACAUUUCGGAAGCGCCUUUCAUAGAGACAGACUCACCUCCUGUGUCCCUUACGCCCCAGAGGUCCAUGACUACAAGCCCUCGAGAAUACAGCCGCUCGACUCCGGGUAACUUGCAACGUUCGAAGACUUCUUGGACGCCAGGGAAGUCACCCACGAAACCCGUGUCACCGGGAAAAUAUGGGGCACAGCCAAGAAAACUGUCUGACGACGAGGUUACGAAUGUUGAACCGAAAACUGAGUAGGUCUCCAGUAAAGCGUCGGCGGAGACGCAUGUGGAGCCGCCGCAGAGGUCGCUGAAGGUGCUUCCCGAUGAAGGGCCACACAGCGAGAAAGCGAAGGAUUAGACCCCCACAUAAUACCGCUAAUGGUUAAAGAUACGGUGGUAGCAUUUUUAUUUAGAAGUGUUAAUAAACCUACAUCAAGUGACA